CGGCUCAGUGCGCAGGCGCAAACUACCCGCCUCGCAUAGCGUCGGCUUGUUCAAUGCGCACGCGCAAGAAUCCUGGCAGCGAGCGAGCAACCGGGGGGCCGGCGCGGGGCCUUGUGGGAGGGCUUAAGGAAGUAAAAUGGCGGACCUGGCGAACGAAGAAAAGCCUGCCAUUGCUCCGCCCGUCUUUGUGUUUCAGAAGGAUAAAGGACAAAAGUCAUCUGCAGAGCAAAAAGACUUGUCGGAUUCGGGAGAGGAGCCUCAGGGGGAGGCUGAGGCCCCCCACCAUGGCACGGGUCACCCCGAGUCAGCUGGCCAGCGUGCCCUAGAACCUCCUGCCCCUGAUAGCACUUCGGCCAGCACUCCUCCACCUCCCGCUCCUGAAGCCCAGCCUCCUUUUCCUCGAAAACUGUCAGGGAGGUCAGCGGGAGGCUCCAGCCCCGAAGCAGGAGAAGAUUCCGACCGAGAAGAUGGAAAUGUCUGUCCUCCUGUUAAACGAGAAAGAACGUCCUCUUUAACCCAGCUCCCACCUUCACAGUCAGAGGAAAAGAGCAGCGGGUUCCGGUUGAAGCCACCAACACUGAUCCAUGGCCAGGCACCCAGCGCAGGUCUGCCAAGCCAGAAGCCCAAGGAGCAGCAGCGCAGCGUGCUUCGCCCGGCCGUGCUGCAGGCCCCCCAGCCCAAGGCACUGGCACAGACCGUCCCCAGCAGCGGCACCAACGGCGUCAGUAUCCCAACAGACUGCACGGGGGUCGCGACAUUAUCAUCACCAGAAAACCCUGCUCGGCGAAGUCCCUCUGAGGCUGCUGGCGAGCCGCUCACCCUUGAGAAGACAGAGCCUUGGCGAAACGAGUGUAGGGAAGCCUCGGAGGAGAGCUGUGAGAGGAAGGAGGGGGCCGCUCGGCAGGCGUUUGUGUUCGGGCAGAACUUGAGGGACCGGGUGAAGCUAAUGAAUGAAAACACUGACACCGUUGAUAUGGAGAAUGCAGGACAUCCCAGCUCUGAAAUGCCAACUGCAACCAACUAUUUCCUCCAGUACAUCAGCUCCAGUGCAGAGAACUCAACCAACAGUGCCGACACCUCCAGCAACAAGUUCGUGUUUGGCCAGAAUAUGAGCGAACGCGUGCUGGUGUCGGGUGACAGCGCAGCACCCUGGGCGGGAAUGCUUGGGCUCCAGUGUGACGUGCAGAGUCCCCCCAAAUUGAACGAGGUCAGCUCAGAUGCCAACCGGGAAAACACAGCCACCGAGUCUGGGUCUGAGUCCUCUUCCCAGGAGGCCACCCCCGAGAAAGAGUCCCUGGCCGAGUCGGCGGCCGCCUAUACCAAGGCCACGGCGCGGAAGUGUCUGCUGGAGAAGGUGGAGGUCAUCACCGGCGAGGAGGCAGAGAGCAACGUGCUGCAGAUCCAGUGUAAGCUGUUUGUUUUUGACAAGACCUCACAGUCAUGGGUGGAGCGAGGCCGGGGGCUGCUCAGACUCAACGACAUGGCAUCGACCGACGAUGGGACGUUACAGUCCCGACUAGUGAUGCGGACCCAGGGGAGCCUUCGGCUGAUCCUCAACACCAAGCUGUGGGCCCAGAUGCAGAUCGACAAGGCCAGUGAGAAGAGCAUCCGUAUCACGGCCAUGGACACUGAGGACCAGGGUGUGAAGGUCUUCCUGAUCUCGGCCAGCUCCAAGGACACGGGCCAGCUGUAUGCAGCCCUGCACCACCGAAUCCUGGCCCUGCGCAGCCGCGUGGAGCAGGAGCAAGAGGCCCAGGCCCCCGCCCCUGAGCCCAGAGCCCCAUCCAAUGAAGACGACAGCGACGACGACCUGCUGGCCCCCUCGGGAGCCCCUGGAGCAGGUGCCAGUGAGGAGGGGGACGGGCAGGUGCCUGGGAGCACAUAGCGGAGGCGCCGCUGUACAGAGGCUGCUGCUUUGGUGUCUGUGGCCGCCCACCCUCCCCGCAGGCAGCAUCGGCUGGGGUGGAACCACAGCCUGGAUCCCCACGCCUGUUCCGAAGCAGACUCUGGAACUGCCUGGAUGUGGUUCGGGACCGAGACCUCAUCAUAUUGAUGAGCAAAAGAGCGCUCCUCCCCUCCCCAAAAUGAAAUGGCACAUUAGACUUGUCACGGCUUCUCACUGGACCGGAGACCUUGUUUCUUCACCUGCGUGUCGAGCCUCCGGGCCUCCCGCCUCGUGCCCGCCCGCCUUCCCUCCCUCCCACGGGUCCCUGCCGCACCCCGGGACCUCAAGCGUCAACACUGGGCCCUGGACACUAUUUACUACUCUCUUGUUCCCAUUUCCCAUCUUCUGAUUUGGGGUUUAUAUUUUACAGAUCUUAUUUUUUUUUAUGUCCAAAGGCUUUGGUUUUGGUUUCUUGGAUUAUGACGCUCUGGUGUGCUGGGCAGGCACAAACCUAGGCCUCCACUCUGCCCACCCAGUCCUUCCAGGCCAAGUUGUGGGCACCAAGGGCUUGGGCUCCAGCGGGCCUGUCUCUGGAGAGCGCACCCGGAAAAAGGUCAUGGGACUUGGGACGUCCCGGGGGGGCCCCGCCAUCUCGCUCCCUGUCCCAGUCACGUGACCCGCCUGCGUCCUGUGUGUGUUGGCCACUGCUGGCCCAGCCCCGAGGUCGUCACCCCCAAACUGCUGUGGGCCUGGGGGUGCUGUGAGUGGCAGAGAGGCUUGCCCAGGGGCAGCACGACAGGCCUCCAUGGCACGCCAUGCAUGGGAGUGGGAAGACCACAGAGGAUUCCCUCAUGUGUAGGCCUCCUUGGGAUGGCAGAAGUGGCCCAGCCCCACCCUCGGGGGUGAAGAAGAGGCCUCGUCCUCCAGCUGUGCCCCCCACACCCAGGGCCAGGAUGGCUCCGGCAGCGACACUGGCACUGCCCGGCCCCCAGCACGCCUGGGUCUGGGAGGACACCAGAGGCCGCCCUGGAGAUCUGGCCACACUUCUCUGCUUUAAGCCUUAGCCAACUAGUGACAAGUAAAACCAGACAAUGCC